UGGACGAUCCACGACUCGUACGACGAGCAAAGCCGUUCUAUUAUGGUCACAAUGGCUUUUUGGAGGGUCCCACAGAUCCAGAACAAAUCAAUGAGGCAAACCUGGCUGACGCGGUGGAGAGGCAUCGGAGGGCACUGUUCGUACUCGAGCACAAGAAACGUGAGGUUCCGGAGUUCGAGACAAUGAAGGCUGCAGUCGAGAAACCUGACGACCUCACCACUGUGAACGAACAGCUGGCAGCUUUAAGAGCACAGCACGAAGAUGAUUUGGAACGACUCUACGCGCUACAAGUGCAGGACUACAUGCAAGAGGCGAUGGACAAGCAUUUCUCGAGGGAGGACGAACCACUGCCUGAUCCAGAAGAUGAAGCCCAGCUUCAAGACCUGUAUCACGGGGGGACGGCAGAGUCCUUCCAAGAGAAGGAAUGGGCUAGCGAUUUCGAACAGAUGCGUUACGCCUACCUCACUCAGCUCGUUGCUCUCGAAAAACGACGUGUCGAACUUGAGAAAGAGGAAGAAAUAGCGCGUCGCCGACGCGAUGCCAUGUUCCCUCUUACCAAGGACGACUUCUUCAGCAAGCCGAUCGAUAUAAGGUAUCGCGUGGCGCGGUUCCUGGUCUCCGAGAACGCGAAGCAGGAGAAGAUGCUUGCGGAUUUUGGAUGGGCGUGGCGGCAAGUCUCACACCUGCAGCAUAUAUAUAGGAGCGAUGAGGCAUUUGCUGGAGAGAUCCGAGGCUUGAUUGUCGCUGAACAGGCUAAACGAUAGC